UUCUCUACAGUAUACAACCGAUUGUCUGUAAUUUUACUGUGUAAAUCCACGUCAUUAGACUGGUUUGCUGACCUGUCAAUCUGUAUUCCUUUGAAUAACAGCUUCUAACCAGCGCUAGACCUUCUUACACUUUGAUUUUAUGCAAUAUAUUUUAUGUUUGGUGUACGAACUCAGGAAUGAGAUUCACAUUUUUCUGGUAGAGAAACAGUCUAACUUGGCAAAUUUGUUUGACGAUGCCAAUUGGUUAAUAAAGUUGUCAUAUCUCGUAACAUUUUCUCAAUUUUAAACGAAGUCAAUUUGAAGUUACAAGGAAGAGGCAAUGAUUUAUUCCGACACUGCGAGCAUAUACAAGCAUUCCAAAAGUCGUUAGUACUGUGGCAAGCACGACUAAAAAGUAAUCGUCCCAGCUACUACAUGUUCCCAACACUGUUACAACACACUGAGAAGAACAGCAUCAGUGAAAAAAAAGUGAAUUAUUAUUAUUAUUAUUUAUUUCUUAGCAGACGCCCUUAUCCAGGGCGACUUACAGUUGUGUGCAAAAAAGAUACAACAGGAAUUACAGUUCAAUUAAGAGCAAGAUACAAUCACUUCAGUUAUAAUACAAGAUACAUCAAUUACAGUUCCAAUGAGAGCAAGAUACAAUUAAAAGUGUCAGAGUUACAUCUCGCUGUUCUGUCUGAGUUUUAGUCGCUACUUUCCUGCAGAGGGGUUUGAAAAUCUGAAGGAAAAGCUUUGGGUGAAAGAUCAUUUUGCUUUCGAAAAUCCUGAAUCAAUAUUGGAGCUGAACUUGAUGACUGAGCAAGAAAACGAGUUGCUGCACCCCACCUGUGAUAGCACACUGAAAACAUGCCACAAGUCAUUACAUUUGUCAUUGUUUUGGAUCAGUGUUUUCAAAGAAUAUCCAAGAUUAGUGUUCUAUUGUUGUUGCCAUUCACAACAACCUACAUGUGCGAACUGGGAUUUUUGACUUUGACAAGGUUAAAAACAAAAGAAAGACUCAACAGCGCACCUGACAUGCGAGUAGAGUAGCGCUUUCAUCCUGUGAUCCAGAUUGGAGUGAGAUCAUGAACAGCAUGCAGGCCCACCCGUCACAUUAGCCAUGGCAGUGAGCACUCAGGCUUUUCACUUGCUGACCCCCCUGCUGGAGAGUCUGGAGCUGUCCAAGUUGGCCGGGACCACAGUCUACCUCAAGAUGGACAACGCCCAGCCCUCGGGGUCCUUCAAGAUCAGGGGCAUCGGUCACUUGUGUCAGAAGGUUGCCAGCACCGGGUGUAAAGGAUUUGUGUGUUCCUCAGGGGGGAACGCUGGCUUAGCCACAGCCUUUGUUGCAAAGAAGCUGGGAGUUCCAGCUACCAUCGUCGUCCCCAGCUCCUCUUCCGACCUCGUUAUCCACAAGCUGAGGGACCACGGAGCCACGGUGCAGGUGUUCGGGAAGGUGUGGGAUGAUGCUAAUGAGGAGGCGCACAGACUGGCUGACUCCGAGGGCUUGCAGUACAUCCCCCCCUUCGACCAUCCCCUUAUCUGGGAAGGUCAUGCCAGCAUUGUGAAGGAACUCAAGGCCUACCUGCCGACCAAGCCUGGGGCAAUAGUAGUGGCAGUAGGAGGAGGAGGGCUGCUCUGCGGGGUAGUGGAAGGCCUGAAGGAGGUGGGCUGGGAAGAUGUGCCCAUAGUUGCCAUGGAAACCAAAGGGGCUGACUGCCUAAAUGCAGCAAUGAAAGCGGGGAAGUUGGUCACCCUUCCAGACAUCACAAGUGCAGCGAAGUGCCUGGGAGCCAAGACUGUGUGUACACAAGCCUUUGAGUACGCCCAGCAGGAGAGCAUCAUCUCUGAGGUCAUCAGCGACCUGCAGGCUCUGCAGGCUGUGGAGCGCUUUCUAGAUGAGGAGCGUGUUCUGGUGGAGCUGGCCUGUGGUGCAGCUCUGAGUGCAGUGUACAGCGGAGUGACCCGCCGGCUGCAGGAAGAGGGCCGGCUGCCAACUCCACUGGGCCCCCUGGUGGUCAUCGUGUGUGGGGGGAGCAGCAUCAGUCUGGCCCAGCUGCAGGAGUACCAGAGACAAAUCCAGGGCUAGAGCCGGGGAGGCAGGGGAGAGAGGAAGACUGAGGAGAGAAAGAUGGGGAGAUUGAGGGGGAGAGUGAGGCCAAGAGAGAGGGAGAAAGUGAGGGGGUUGGGGGAGAGACUGUGAUAGGGAACAGGGCAGAAAGGUGUAGGGUUUGAGGGGGUUAGGGGAGACACUGUGAUAGAGAACAGGGCUGAAAUGAGCUGAGUGGAGGGGGGGCAGAGGGUUUGAAGGAAUAGUAAAGGAGAUAAGUGAUAGUGACUGUUGAGGAGAAACGGUCAUUAUAAUGAAUACAACUGUUUGUUAUAUGGGUAGAAAGUGGAAAACUCGAAAUAAUGAAUAUGAAUGGUUUGUUAUUUAGGAAGAGGAUAUAACACUCUUAAAGAUGUUAAGACACGCUUCACUUCCUGUGCUGUCAAGCACUGUAUGUAGGAUCACUGAUAUAAACAAUCUCCUCUUAUAAAAACCCUGCAUUCUGUGUCGGUGGUAAAGGAAAUGGUCUUCACCUAAAAAAGUGAGAGCACAGCAGUGUUUUAAACCCUGGCAGUUCCCUCUUUAGUGAAAGACUGCUGGGAUGCUGGUGCUCUUCCGCCAUCUAGUGGCAGAAUGGUUCAAUAACAGUUUUCUACAACCUUUUCUAAGACUGUGAUUGACCAUCACAGGCCAAAAUAAACGGGGUACUACAAAAGAAAUCUUUUAAAACUGAAACAAACUCUUUAUUUCAUUUCCAAUAAUUAUUCCAUAUUUCCAGUAAAAUAAUCAGUUAAUGCACCAAUGUAAAGUAAAAUAUUAUCACUAAGAACAAAGAACAGUUGAUAAUGAUCAGUUUAUAAUCAUUUCAUAUAAAACAUUUCAGAUGGCAACUUCAUAUUUUCAGUGUUAUUACGACUGCAAUAUUGAGGUCAUGUGACUUUGUAAGUUUCUGCUCUAUAUAGUCGUUUUUUAUCAAUUGUAAGGGUUAGUAAUACAAAUAGCUUUUUUUAAAGGUAAAAUCUUGAAAAGUCACCUCAUAAACAUAGUGCAGGUGUGGCCGGAAUGUCACAGUCCAGGAUACAAGACAGAGUGCUCAGUACCAUCCUCCAAAACUGGACAGCACCACAGUGCACGGACAUAACUGUCUAUCUAAUCUCCUGAACUGUUUUGUUACUGGACAGGACCACAGUGCACGGUCAUAACUGUCUAUCUCAUCUCCUGAACUGUCCUGUUACUGGACAGCACCACAGCGCAUGGACAUAACUGUCUAUCUCAUCUCCUGAACUGUUCUGUUACUGGAAAGGACCACAGUGCACAGACAUAACUGUCUAUCUCAUCUCCUGAAAAGCACUUGCAUGUCUGAGUGUCUGAGAGACCCAUCUGAAACAACCUUCUGCUGAAAAGGUGUGCUCUGUGAAGAGCCUCAUAUUGGAUCAGGUUCAGUUUCACAUUCCUAGAAACUGACAGAGAAUUACAGCAUAUUGUACCCCAGAAAACAAAAUCAGGUGGCAAUCUGAGAUCUCUCCCCACGUUAACAGGGUCAGCAAUCUCCCCUUCAUUGGAUCCCAGGACAGAGUAUAUAUUAGAAACAAAUGUCAAUUCCAAGAUAUCUGAUACCAUUCAGAGACCUCCUGGAAGAGAGGGGUGAGGCUACAGCAUCCCACCUCAACUGGUUUAGGGACAAAACUUUAGACCAGAGAUCAACCCAGAAUCAUUUAUGAGCUCAAGAACAGGGGUAAUGAUUGAUCAGGGUGCUGAAUAAACACAACACUAUCAUCAGCGUAUAAACGUAUUUCACGAUGUGUGUUUCUAGAUUGAAAUGAGGCGAUCCUGACCUAUAGCAAUGGCAAGGGGUUCGAUAAAAGAGAGAAUACAAGUUGCACUCCCUGUCUGGUACCUCUGACGAGCUUAAAGGGCUGGAAAGCAAUUCCAUCAGUAACACCCGAAGCACGGGGGGAACGAUAUAAAACCUUAAUCCAUUCAAGAAUCUAUUUCCCAAAUCCCAUUUUUAAUAAGACCACAAAUAAAAAAGAUCAAUUAACCAUAUCGAAAGCAUCUCUGCAUCUAAAGAGACACGGAUGCAUGAUAUUAAGAGGCUGUCAGACAUGAAAGGACACUUUCUAACCUUGAUGAAAUAGUAUCAGUAUUUAUUAAUGAUAAUAGACAGUAAUUGGUACAAAGUGAAUUAUCUUUUUUUUUUUUUCAACAGAAGAGAGAUUAAGGCUGUGUUCAUAGACCGUGUCAGUAAAUUUGAAGUGUGUAAAUGAUUAACCAUUUUAAAAAUGACAGGAUGAAAGGGACCAAAAGUGCUUUUAAAAUCCAAUUAGAUAUCUGUCCUGGCCAGGGCAUUUUCCACGAGGCAUGGUAAACACAGCUUUGUGUGACUCUUCAGUUGUAAGACAGUGUGGCAAAGUGCCCCGCCCCUGUGUGCAUUUGUGUGUUCUAUGUUGUAUAUAUGCGUGCGUAUGUUAAUGUUGGUGUAUAGAUUGGUACACGGGAUAUAAACAGGUCUGUGUUUCACGUGUGUUUAAAAAGUGUAUAUUUGUAUUUAGGCACGGGAUUGCACAUCACGCACGUGCAUUUAAAAUAUAAUAUGUGAGCACGGGGUUGCACAGAAUUAAUUCACGUGCUGGGAUUCAAGUGAAUAAUUAAUUAGUAAUUGAAUCCCAGCACAACAGUAUAAAUAGGCACAUUUUUAGUCAGUCAGGGUUAGGUGUUCGGUGAGUGGAGAACGGGAUUGGAGACGGAGGUGAAAUAAUAAUAAUAAUAGUAGUAGUAGUUGUUAACGUGUUUUCACUCACCGUGUUUGUUUGUCUCCGUGCACCGUUUGUCUGUGUAGUCCGUUUUGUUUGUCUAUUUAUUUUGGCGUGUAGUGCCGUGUCCAGUGUUUUUGUCUGUUCCAACCUUUUAUUUUCUGUUCUGUUUAUUAAAUGCUGAACGCGAUCACGCGUUCAGCCUCACCAAAACCCCAUCUCUCUGUCGUUUGUGUUCCUGUUUCUGGUCUGACGCCACCCACUCCGGCCGUCUUUGUGACAGACAGUUGUCUGGUAUUUUUUAAAGUCAUGUUCAGAGAGUAAAGGCAUUUCUAAGUUAUCUGAAAACUAAUGUAUUUGGGAUGUCAGGAUCUGAUUCAGGUUUAUAUAGAUUACUAUUUAUUUAUUUCUUGGCAGACGCCCUUAUCCAGGGCGACUUACAAUUGUUACAAGAUAUCACAUUAUUUUUACAUACAGUUACCCAUUUAUACAGUUGGGUUUUUACUGGAGCAAUCUAGGUAAAGUACCUUGCUCAAGGGUACAGCAGCAGUGUCCCCUACCAGGGACUGAACCCACGACCCUCCGGUCAAGAGUCCAGAGCCCUAACCACUACUCCACACUGCUGCCCAUAAUUAGAAUAAAAGGACUUGAUGUUUCUUUGUUUUUUUUGUGAUCUGUAAUAAUGUCUCAUUGAUCUUUAAUAGUGGAAAUUGUUGAUUUUCCCCUGUUAUGUUUAAGUUGAUUAGCUAAUAAACAACCUAAUUUCUCUCCAAA